GGCUAAACAUAGCAAAAAUAAAAAAGAAGGAAACAAGAAGGAUCAUUGGGUUUGCCGGGUGUUAGUCGCUAAGAUCAGAUGCAAACAUGUUGGAGGAUUGCUGCGAGAACCCUUCUUACCAGUUUGUUAGGACCAAGCUCCAUGUUACAGAAUUAAGUAUGAUGACUCAGCCGGAUGAAGACUGUAAGGAAGAGGAAUUGCUAAGGCAGGAUUUGAAGUUCUAUUUCAUGAAUCCAUGUGAAAAAUACCGAGCUAGACGUCAAAUCCCAUGGAAACUGGGGCUUCAGAUUUUGAAGAUAGUUAUGGUUACUACACAGCUCAUCCUGUUUGGUUUGAGUAAUCAGUUGGUGGUUUCUUUCAAAGAAGAGAACAUGGUGGCUUUCAAGCACUUGUUCCUGAAAAACUACACUGGUGUGGAUGAAGAUGACUACAGCUGCAGUGUGUACACACAGCAAGAUGUUUAUGAUAGUAUCUUUUUUGCAAUCAACCAGUACCGACAACUGAAGAAUAUAUCUCUGGGUACACUUGGUUAUGAGCAAGAUGAAGAGGACUUGGCAGGCUUACAGAUAUGCAAAAAGCAAUACAGGAAAGGCACAAUGCUCCCGUCCAAUGAUACCUUGCACAUAGACAGUACUAUUGAAACAGAAUGCAUCCAGCUAGACCCACAAGAACUGGCUACUAAGGAAACAAGUGACUUGAAGAACUCAUCAUUUUUCAGCUUUGAGUUUUAUAGGCUCAUACAGGUUGACAUAUCUUUUAAACUAAAAGGCAUUGACCUACAGACCAUUCAUGAUCGUGAACUGCCCGACUGUUAUGAAUUUGAGAAUACCAUUACUUUUAACAAUAGAGCACAUAGUGGUAAAAUGAAAAUAUUUUUUGAUACUGAUGCUGACAUCCAAGAAUGUAAAGACUGGAAUAUAUCUGGCUCAAUCCAAAAAAAUACUCAGUACCUCUUGGUUUUUGAUGGGUUCGUCAUUGUGAGCUGCAUCGCUUCCCUUAUUCUCUGUACACGAUCCAUUAUCCUUGCUCUCAAACUGCAAAAAAGAUUUGUGAAGUUCUUCUUGGAGAAAUACAAACGUCACGUGUGCAGCGCAGAUCGCCUGGAAUUCCUAAAUGGGUGGUAUGUCCUGGUGAUUAUUAGUGAUAUGAUGACUAUCAUUGGCUCUAUAAUGAAAAUGGAAAUAAAAGCCAAGAAUCUUACAAGCUAUGAUGUUUGCAGUAUUUUGCUUGGAACAUCUACUCUGUUUGUUUGGGUUGGAGUCAUUCGGUACCUGGGUUAUUUCCAGACUUACAACGUGCUAAUUUUAACAAUGCAAGCAUCGUUACCCAAAGUUCUUCGGUUCUGUUGUUGUGCUGGAAUGAUUUAUCUUGGCUAUACUUUCUGUGGCUGGAUUGUUCUAGGACCAUAUCAUGAAAAGUUUGAAGACCUGAAUACAGUGGCAGAGUGCUUGUUUUCUCUUGUCAAUGGUGAUGACAUGUUCGCGACAUUUGCACAAAUCCAGCAGAAAAGUACUUUAGUGUGGCUCUUCAGUCGACUCUACUUGUACUCCUUCAUUAGCCUCUUCAUAUAUAUGAUUCUGAGCCUUUUUAUUGCUCUUAUUACAGAUGCCUAUGACACCAUAAAGAAAUACCAACAAAUUGGUGCUCCAGUUACAGAUCUUUAUGAAUUUCUAAAAGAUUGUGACAGUGAAGAAUACAGCAGAGAGCCACAGACAUCCCUGAGCUUCUGUUGCUGCAGGAGGCAGAAAAACGAUGACCACAUGAUACUUAUUAACUGAAGACAGGCGAUGCUGGCCUAUAUUGCUGCAAAGGAAAAAAGAGGCAAGAACCAAAUGCUGUUGGGCAAAGCCAAUCUUAAAAGCAGACCCUCUUGAAUUGCAGCAGAGCAUGGCAUGUGCACAUGUCUUUUCUACGAACCAGUGACCUUCACUUACGUCGUGGAAAGAGAAGCAGUGGGCCUUCUGGUCAUCCACAGCUGGAGGCCCGAAAGCUACAAUGAGCAAGCCUUGACUGAGCAUCUGAUGACCAUAUUGCAAGAGCUGAUCUCAAGAGGCACUUUAAAUAGACACCAGAGUGUUAAGGGUCUGUUGGUCACUGCUCAGUUGUAACUUGCUCUCUAGAUAUUUUUUAUAUUAAAAUAUUUAAAUGAAUAUAUAUUUAAAUGAAAUGCACCUCUUAAACACAAAAAAUGCCAUUUCUGGCAACUGUAGCUUUAUACUUUAAUUUAUUAUUGUAUUUGGUUUCAAGGUGUCCCCCUUCAAACAUGACUUACUAUUACAUGUAUGCAAACCUAGCACUGUAUAUUGCUUUUUUUUUCUUAUGUUCUGCUUUUUGGUUUAUGAAGUUGACUUAAAGUUUCACUUCACUUGUAUAUGCACAUUUUUCUAAAAGCAAACUAGAUUUCAAUUGGUGUGGGAGGUGUUUCUUUGUGUGAUCUCCUAUUAUUCCCUUUAGUUCCAAUGAAAGCUGCAGUUCCAUGCUUACUUUAAUUCCAAAGGACCUAGAUUGUUGAUGGACUUCCUUCUUGAAUAAAAAUGUAUAGGACUGGCAAAUGUCACUUUAGCAACUUCA